AUGGCUCAAAUAAAAGAUAUAACUCAAGAACCAGAAGAACUAACAAAUAUUAUUAAACAAGAACAAGAAACUGAUAGUGAAAAUGAAUUUCAAGAUUCUGCAGAUCUAACUAAAAAUAAUUUAGAAAAAAUAACUGAUUCAUUACUUAAUGCUGAAUUAUCAUCUGAUAUUCUUUUAGAUCAUGAACAUCCUCAAAGAGAUAAAUGUGCAAAAUGGAUUCUUGGUAAGCCAUUUGUUAACAAAUUAGAUCCACCUUUAUAUAUUAAUAAAUUGUAA